AUGCUGCAACUAUACUUUACAUCAGCCAGGUUUAAAUCGUAUAUUCCCGAUUGGAUAACUGUCAUAUUACUAAUAUACAUCUUUUUCCAAGUUGUUGAGCAUUGGGAGCCCUUUCAUCGUCAAUUUUACAUCAACGACCCUAGAAUAUUACAUCCAUUUGCUACACAACAACGUGUCACUGACGAUCAACUAUAUGUGUAUUCGACACUUAUCCCGAGUGUCAUCAUCAUUAUAACGUCAUUGUUUAUUGCCCCUACCAAUGUCGAUAAAUUACAUCUUAUUCAACUUUCGCUUCUUGGGUUAUUGUUUAGUGUGUCAUCGGUUUCAGUAUUGACUGAUAUUCUUAAAUGCUGGAUUGGUAAUCCACGCCCCGAUUUCAUUGCCCGAUGUGGUCCAAAGCCACAAACGCCAUUAGAUAUGUUGGUCGAUAUUGGUGUUUGUACUUCGCCUUUGGGGGAUAUGUACUUGUCUGAUGGACUCAAGUCAACACCACUGGGACAUUCGUCGAUGGCAUUUGGUGGAUUGUUGUACUUGUCAUUAUGGUAUAUUGGCCAAUUGCAAGUUUUGACGAGAGAGAAACAUAGAAUGGGGUUAUUGCUAGUGAGCGGAUUGCCUAUUGUAUUUGCUGCAUAUAUUGCACUUAGCAGAACUCAAGACUAUCGUCAUCAUUUCUUUGAUAUUGCGUUUGGCAGUUUGUUGGGUAUCGUGUUUGCUUGGUUUUCGCACUGGAAAUAUUUUGGUAAAUUAACAUCACUGCAGCUGGAUGGAGUAGAUACGAUAUAG